AUAAAUUUAUCAUUUAUAUUUUUUUAUUUUUUUUUUCUGGUAAAUUUUAAAUAAUAUAUCGAUUGUUGAAACCAUAAAAAUGAUAAAAAAAGCAUUAUCGACGAGGCGCGAAAUAAGUCUUGUUUCAAACAUUAAAUAAAAAGUAAAAAGAAAAGAAGAAACGUUUAAUCAGAUUACUAAUUAAAUUAUUUAAUUAUUAAUUUAUUAGUAUAGUGAAAUAUAAAAAACAAAAUGUAUAGUGUUCAUAUGACACCAGGUAGAUCUUCUGAUAAACAAAGUACUUCGAAAAGUAUGGAUUCUGAAGUAGGAGUAUAUAAAAAUCGAAGAAAGGAAUCGAUCCCAGUUAAAGUUUUUAAUUAUUUGAAAACACAAAUGCAAGCAGAAGGAAUUCCAAUGUGUAAGCGAAACCAAUUGAUUCGCCAGUACGCAAAUAUAACGACUGGAUGGAAAAGAAGCCGGAUGGAGCGGGGAUUGGGAAAAAAUAAGCAAGGAUAACGAGCUGAAUGAUGAUUGUUUAUUGAAAUAAUAUCCCAUUAGCUACCGGUGGCCAAUAUUUAGCAUAUGUAUAUAAUGGGAAAAGAACGUAGACUUGCGCGGGAGCAAGUAUACCCCGUGCUUUUGCGUGGCAGCUGUUUCAGUGCAUCAACGCGAAGGCUGCGCACAUCGUUACCCAGUCCGUGGCUUAUACGUUAGUCGGUCGUGAAGCAUCGAUCGAAGAAACAAGAGGUGCACGCGUUGAUCGGUUUCGAACGAGGAACGUGAGAAAGCAACGUGAGAAAUUGAGUGAGAAGAAGGAAAAGGAAAAAAAAAAGAAAGAGAAAAAGAAGAGAAGAAAAAGAGAAGAAGGGAGAAAGGAAGAAAGAUCUGUCCAGUGUGAAGAAUUUCGAUAAUCAUAGCGGGAAAUUGGAAGAGAUCGUUCGAUCGAUCGUUUCGAAGCAACGACGGGAACGAAAUCGACAGUCGGUGGCACGGAUCGCUGAGCGCGAUCGUUUACUUGUGAACCGGCAACGAAUCGGUGCUUGCGGUCAAUGAAGUCACGUAAGAGCCGUGAGAAAAGUAAGUUCAUCAAUCAUAAAGGCCGACUGUAGUGCCGCUCGAGUUUCCUCUCCGAUAAUCGGUGCAGGCCAAGUCGAUACGUCGUGCCGUGGAAAGAGAUCCUCCUUGAGACGAAGGGAUUGACACGACAGCCCAGGCCCGAACGAUCUCCCCCUUUAUCGCGAAACCGUUCGUUGCGGUGUGUCAGUGCUAACAGCUGCCAAAGAUGCAACGGCAAGGUGCGAGACUCGUUCGACAGAGAAAGAAAGAAUAUACAAUACAAAUUUUCCUUUUUGUUUGCCCUUGAUUGACGAUUCCUUUGAGAAAUAGCACUUUGGAAUACAUUGUAAUUAAUAGUUGGUGGUCCGCUCUAGAGAACCGACCGAUGUGACCAUGUUCUAUGCCUCUCUAGACGUUUUUUUUCUUUCUUUUUCUUUCUCUCUCUCUUUCUUUCUCUCUUCUCUCUCUCUCUCUCUCUCUCUCUCUCUCUCUCUCUCUCUCUGUCUGUCUCUCUCUCUUUUCUUUUGUAUAUACAUAUAUAGACAUAGAUCUCCAGAUCUCGCGCGUUUUUAAUCGACAAAUGGUCCGAAAUUGCAAAGUGGGGUGGAUACAGGGUAGGAGCUCUCCCGUUGCUAUGGUGACCCCGGAUGCCCGGGAUCAGAGCUGCUAGUGGAAUUACACAGUGCAUACAUUUAUAAUGUGUAUAUAAAACUCAGUUGAAAACACACAGCCGUGUUUUACACGAUUCUCGACUGAACAACGGUGCGUUUAAUAAUAUUUUUCUUUUUUUUUUUUUUUCUUUUUCACCUGUUAAUUAAAUCUUUCUAAAUAAUAGCAACGUAGAUUUUAACACUCAGAAUGCUAAUUUUCCUUUUACGUAUUGAUUCUUCAUCAAACUUUAAAACUUCCUCAAUAUUUUGAUCUUCGCAUUUCUUUAAAAGAUUUAAUAUUCAGUUUUACUUUAUAUAAUUCUGUGAUUGUAAUUUUAGCAGCGAUCAAUGGGAAGCUUCUACCUUAGUCGCAAACCAGUGGUAUUUCGUUUUUGAACACAAAUUUCGAACACGUUUUCUCUCUUAGCUUGCAAAUGGAAAUCGUAGAAUGGACGAGACGAAUGACGGAAAACAGCAUGAUAUCGCGAAACAUGGAAUCUCAAAUAGCUUUUAACGAUAUUGAUUAAAAAACGUAUUCGAUGCUUAUUUAACGGUUUAUUUAAAAAUUUUUUCCACAAAAAUUUUUAUUUUCUUGCGAUCACGAAUACUCUCGAGAAAAAAGAUCGGUUCGCUUGGUCGUUUUCAAUUAUAUUAAACGAAAGCAUGUAUAAAAGAUAUUAAUUGCAUGAUAGGAUAGACACGCGUGAAUUCAUUUGAAAAUUUAUUCGAUGAAAUUGCUCGAUAUCUCUCGAAACGUUUCAAUCAAACGUUGAAUCUUUGGAAAUUCAUUGAUCGAUGCAGAGAUUGAAAGGCAACUUGUGGAAUUCAUAAAUGUCCAACGAUAGGUGAACACGUGCCAAUGUCGCGUAUUUCCGUAAAUACGUAGUAUUUAUAUAUUCAGUGUAGCAGUAUACAUACAGCAGUCUCUCGUAGAGUAUGUUAGUAGAAUUGUCGAUUGUUAGGUAUUUCUAUGAUUAGAUGCAUCCAUAUAGAGAGUUACAACUAUUCUUUAGCGCUCGAUUCUCUCUCCAUGCGAUGUAGCAUUGGGUGUGCGCUUUCGUUUGAUCUUGAAUUUUAUUUUCGAUGUCGGUAAUUAUUAUUUAUAGCGCUUCGUGUUAAUGAAUAUCGAUUUUACGUAGCACGGCUUCGAUAAGAAGCGCGUCUAGACAGCCGUGUCGCGUGAAAAUUUCCACCCACGAAACCGUAUUGUCAAUCAAAGUUUAACUUUCAUCGAAAGUUAACGAAAAGUGAACGAAAGCGAUAACGACUCGAUGCUGCACCGCUCGAUCGAUCUGAUGAAAAUUUCACAAUUUUUCGAAUCUGAAGUAUAUUAUAGUUUCCGAAUAUAACGUAUCUUUCGAUCUUUUAACAAUUUAGAAUCUCUUUGAUUUUUAACGAUAAUUUCCUCUAUUCUCUCUCUCUCUCUCUCUCUUUCUCUCUCUCUAUUAACUUCACGCAUCUUUCCAUCGUCGAUCGAAAAAACGACAAAAAAAAAAGAUGGAAUCGUGCGAAUAUCGUUUCUAUUUAUUAUAUUCUCUCCCAAGUAAAACACGAUCUUCGAUAAAAAUCUUUGCCGUUUGGAUACCGAUUGUAAAUCAUUAAUCGGUCCUUUUUUUUUUUCUCAAAUCGAAAUGUUUUACCUGGGCAAUAAUAAUUCUUCCUGUUAUCUUUCGCUCACGAGUUCUCCGCCUGCAAGUCUAUGCACCUGUAUAUCUCCAGGUACUAUCCGUCUUGGCAAUGCGCGCACUGUCUCCCGUAGAAUCCCCCGUAUUUAUCGAAGGGAGGUGUAGGCAGGUUGCCCGGAGGAUCAGCCGUGAUAUCUUUCCGUCCUUCGGGCACCCGGCGUAUUUUCUCCCGAGUAAUGCGUUUUCUUGAGCUCGUUGCACUUUAUCUCGUAAGUAGAUACGCGCCAUCUUCUCUCCUGCCUGCUAGUGAGAGAGAAAGAACGGCGUUUUCUCCCUUAGUCUGGUGUAGAGGAAGACGCACUUUGAUCGAAGAGGGCGAACUUGAAGAACUCGGGGGCAUUUUAGGGGGUUCCACCGCCGGUGCCCUUGCCCUUGGCGGCAGGCACAAGCCGGAGGAGCUUUCCACAUUGGCGGCCAACACCAGAUUCUCCAGGAAGGAAAUACAGCUUAUCUAUCGCGGUUUUAAACAGGAAUGUCCCACGGGUCUCGUCGACGAGGAAGCUUUUAAACAGAUUUUUUCACAGUUCUUCCCCCAAGGUGACGCUAGCCAGUAUGCUCAUUAUGUCUUCAACACUAUGAAGAGGAAACCGUCUGGAAAGAUAAGCUUUGAAGAAUUCUUGACUAUUUUGUCGAAGGUUUCGAGAGGAUCGGUAGAGGAAAAAUUGCAAUGGAUAUUUGGACUUUACGAUCUGGACGGAGAUGGAUUGAUCAGUAAAGAGGAAAUGUUGGAUGUUGUUGGUUCGAUUUAUGAGAUGUUGGGCCGUUAUACUCAGCCACAAAUAGUCGAGCCGCAUUUGGCGGCUCGGGAACAUGUCGAUCGUAUUUUUCACUUAAUGGACGCGAACAAAGAUGGCGUGGUGACAAUCGAAGAAUUAGUACAAUGGUGUUCCAAGGACGAACAACUUUUGCGAAGUCUCGACACGCUUGAUACCGUCUUAUGAGAUCUUUAUAAUGAUCUUUAUUUUAUAAUUCUCACUCAAUUCCCCCAAGACUCACAAAUCCCCUUAAAAUUAUAAUGCAACGUUCGAACGAGUUCUAUCAGUAAUUUCUAGAAAUUUGACUAUUUGAUCGUAUCAUUUAAUAUUUAAUACUUUAUGGAAGGAAUUGAAUUUCGAUUGAAAUUACUAAUUCGACUUCAUCGAACGUUGCUUGUAAAUAUGUACUUAUCCUACCUACCCAGUCUUUCAAGCGUGCUAUUGAAUGCAUGAUGAAAUUAACAGUAUUAUCCCUGAAUAGAAUUCCUUCUUACAUCCUGCAUGUACUAAUCCUUGUGCGACUAACAAUUGUGCGACUAUUCGAUUCUCGCGCGACUAUAUUUAAUUUAAGAAAAAUAUUUCAGCUAAAAGAAGAAGAUGAAUUUGUGCUACACAUAAUUUUGAUUUCGGCAUCAAAAAAUAUUAUAUCAGUAUUGUCUUGAAGGAUUGAAAUAUCUUUCAUUGGUAUUAAAAUUUUAAUGGUACGAAUUUAAUAAUUCAGAGCAAGUUAUCGAGCGGUUAUUGUAGGUACAAUACAGAAUUGUUAGGUAAGAUCGAUGCGAUGGGAACAAAUUAAUCUCCAGAUUCGUUAAAAUGGAGAUUGAACUCUAUAUUUAAACAUAAUAUCUAAACUUUAAGAAAACUUUAAGAAUUUUAUCAAAUUAUGCUAUAACGUUUUUCCGUAAAAUUCACAAAACGAUCUAAUAUGCGAUCUAAUAUUUCUUAACUUCUAUAUUUCCUCUAAACUUCUUUCACGAGUUAAGAAAUAUUUUGUAUUCCUUUAAAUAAUUUCAUGCACGUAUGAAGUUUUACUUUUUCACGAUCGAUCAAUUUCUCUAAUUAAACAAAUAAAAUAUAAACGUACUUGAUACUGACCAUUAAGUACGAUUAAAAAUAUUUUCAAGGAGUUUCGAUUAUUAUCCAUCGUUUGGGUCAUUUUUUUAUCUUACAGCAAAUAUAAUUAUAAGAUUAUUAAUUAAAAAUUUAUUCGAAACUUUACAUUUCAAAAUUUAAAUAUAGCUUAUAAAUAAUAAAGCGUUCAAGAAAUUCGUAGAGAGAAUUUAUUCAAAGUUUAUUCAAAGUUUCAAGAUUGUUAAAUUCAGGCAUAUGCGAAUAACAUUUGACAAUCGUCUUGUAUAAAUGAAUAUAAAAGUUUUCUUCCUGAUCUUCCUGCUAUAUUCUUGAAUAUUUCCAGAUUUUUUAUUUAUAUUAGGAAAUAUGGCAAGAAAAUGCAAAAGUUCAAAGUUUAAAGUAUUUAACGCUAUAAGUUAAAAGAUUCGCAUAUGUCUAUAUCUAUAGAUCAUAGAUUUACAAUACCUUCAAAGACCCAUAUACGAUGGAACAUAUAUAGUUACUAACCCAAUAAUAGCGUAUCGUAGUACCCUCGACCAAUCAAGAGAAACGUGGUCCUCUAAGAUCAACGCCUCGUGUGAUUCUCUCGUACCUUAUUACAUUUAUUAUUACUAUCGCAUAAAAAAUAUUGUUAUUAAUAUUGUAAUUACUAUCAACACUUAUUACUUGUCUUCUAUCAAAUUGAAGCAAGGUAUUGCGCUCGCAAUAAUGAAAAUUAUUGGCGCAUAUUCGAGAUAUUCUAAAUCUUAUGUGUACAAAUAUCAUCGAAUUUGUUGAAUUUCUCAAGUUUAUUAAAAUAUCCAUAUUAUAUUUGAAAAGAUGUGAUCUAAAAUGUUCUAUAUAAUGUCAUGUGGAUAUAAAGAGAUCAAUUCAACGUUUAUACAUUCAAUUUCUCUGGGAUAUGCAAUUUAAACUAGCACAUCCUAUACAAAAAUAUUUGUUAUAUAUCUUAUAUCAGUUCCAUUCAGAAAUCAAUUUUUUUACAAACUGAUUGCUGAUAAAUUGCUGAUAAAUUGUAUACUUAUGUUUAUACACGUGUGUAUAAUAAUUUGAAUCGAUUAUUUUCAUUAUUUUUUUAUCAAUAAUUAUAAUCAUACUGUUAAAACAAUAAUUAUAUUGUUUUAUGAUUAGAUGAGAUAUUUUUCAA